AUGUCUGCAGAGCUGAAGGUGGCGUUCCGCCUGGACACCCAGUUGACUGAGAUGAUGCGCCUACGGGUCCAGUCGCUGCAGCAGAGGGGCCAGAAGAGGCAAGAGGGUGAGAGGCUGCUCCAACCCAACGAGGCCGUCUAUAGGCUGGACUUCGCCCAUCAGAGCCUGUCCUUCUCCCACUGGAGCGUGAGACUCACCCAGCCUGGACACCUCACCAUCACAGGCACCUCCCAGCUCUGGACCCCCGACCUGACCCACCUGAUGACUAGGCAGCUGCUGGAGCCCACGGGGGUCUUCUGGAGGGGGCAGGGGGGUCCCAACACGCCCGUGCAGUCUUACGAGGCCGAUGCACAUGAGUUCGGGGAAAGGAUCGCCGAGCUGGCCAAAGUGCGCAAGGUCAUGUACUUCCUGUUUGCGUUUGCUGAAGGCUGCAGCCCAGAGACAGUGGACUGCUCCAUCACUUUCACAGUGGACAGCUGA